UCCAUUUCCGGUGACGUCACUCCUAGUCAGUCGGAAUCGAAAAUCCACACACACAUCAAAAUGGCAAGUGCAGUUUCGGAAAAUGUGGAGACAUGGAAGGCAAAGUUGGACAAAUUACUUCACGAGAAGAAUUUCGCAACCGAAACGUUAGAAAAAAUUGAAAAGAAAACCGGAGUUCGGCGUUUAUAUGUUGCAAUAGGUCUGCUAGCGAUUCUAGGACUCUACCUGAUGAUUGGCUAUGGUGCCCAGUUUGUGUGUAACUUUGUGGGUUUCCUGUAUCCUGCCUACGCAUCAAUCAAAGCCAUUGAGAGUCACAAUAAGGAAGACGAUACCAAAUGGCUGACGUAUUGGGUGGUCUAUGCCGUUUUCUCCCUCAUUGAGUUUUUCGCUGAUAUCUUCCUGUUCUGGAUUCCAUUCUACUGGUUCCUGAAGUGCUGUUUCCUUGGUUAUUGUAUGGCCCCUAUGACCUGGAACGGAUCCCACACGAUCUACAACCGAGUGAUCCGGCCGAUCGCACUCAAGUAUCAGGAUAGGAUUGAUACUGCCCUCGACAAGGCCUCUGAUGCCAUCCACGAGGUGUUUGGCCUGGCCAAACAGUCAGCCAGGGAAUGUGCCGGAGAAGUUGCAGAGAAAAUGGCUUCAGAAGCUGCCACGGAGGCAAUAAAGAAGCAAGUCGUGGAUUCGUCCAAGUCAGACUAAACAAGGGAAGGAAAGAUCUAAAUAUAUACUGCAGUUACACAAGAGGUCCCAAUGAUGAGCCAUUUAUGCACUGGAUAUUAACGAUAGACAGCAUACUCUCGGAACUGAGGUUACGGACAAGAUCAUUAUAAUGACUGGAGUGCCAGUGUAUAACACGUGGACCAGGUGGUUACAUAUUGAUGUGAAUUUCAAUACAGUUUGCUCUUUUAUUUUAUCACAAUUUACCCAGUAAGAUUUUUUCUUUUGCAUUUUGAAAUGUUUGUGGAGGUGUUAUAUUGUAUGUACGUCGUGAUGUAAAUUUACAUGAUUUGAUGGUCAAGUAUCCGAGAUACAGCUAGUUUAACUUAUUCACCCCUGAAAUUCCAAACUCUGAAUUGGAGGAGUUCAAAUGGUUCUUCAGGGGAAAAUAUGUUAAGGUAAAGCCUUAUAGGAAACCAUGUUCAUUGGUAGUUUUCAAUCCAUGACAUAAAUAUAUGUAUUAUAGGUUUGUUUGUGUAAUAUGGUGGAGACAUGUAUUCUGUAUUAACACAAACCUUCUUUGUACAUGUUGUAUUUACAUUGUAAAAUUACUAGAUUAACAACGUAGUAGAUUAGUUAGCAUACCUAAACAUGUUCGUCUCGUUGAAUGUAGAUUAUUCUCCACUGAUAUUUGGACUUUUGAUGUGUGUACAACUUUAAUUCAACAGCAAUGCUUCAGAUUAAUGUCAUGUUAAUGAAUUUAUAUUGUACCUGUAGCUAAUACCUUAAGACCCAUCAGAAAUGUAACUUCUGUUUCCUCUUGACAGUUGUCAUCCUGAACAUUCCUCUUGUGUAUCUUAUCAUCCACCUCGUCCACAUGUGUUCACCGGGCGUUCUAAUUUUGUUUUGUAUUGACAGCCACAGUGUAGUGUGUCACAAAUAUUUGUUUGUACACAUAUAAUUGAUUACUUCCUAACAAAUAAACAAACAAAUAUUUGGAGAUGAAAUAAUGCAACAGACCUUUGUGGGUACUGUAUUGAUAGUGUUAAUGAAUAGAAAUGAAUAUCAUCAACACAAUUUUCGUGACAGUCUGAUAUUAUGGGUGAUUUCAUCAAGCUGGUUAUUUUAAUAUGUCUUGUUAUUUGAAGAAUUUUUUUGCAAGAAUAAAGUGAAGUAAAUUGUUGCUAUAUUUCAUCACAGGGGUGGUUGAAGGCUACACAUGCACUAACCAUUGGAGGAAGAUUUGUAUCACUCCACUGUGGUUUUCAUUAUGGAAAACUUGCCAAUCUUGUGUUUUGAUAUUAUUCUGGAAGGCAGAAUAUUGCCAUCUGUAGAAAUUCUUUGAAACAGAUCUUAAAGAGUUAGGUGUAGUAGCCUCUUGUAUGUUACUUCAUACAGUUAAGAUGGGGUGUAUCUUGUAUGUUACUUCAUACUGUGUUAAGAUGGGGUGUAUCUUGUAUGUUACUUCAUACAGUUAAGAUGGGGUGUAUCUUGUAUGUUACAUAAGAAGGUGAGUGUCUUACAAGUUACUUCCUGGAGCGAGAAGUGUGACACCCUGUAUGUUACUUCAUCCUCUCUAUCUAAAUGUUAGUGCUGUUUUACACCUGAAGUAUUUUCCUAAUCCUAUCUCUAGCAAAUCCAAAUGACAUGUGUCUCUUGGAAUUCACCCAUUUUGUAUAUCUGUCAACUUUGGACAUUUUUUCAUAUCUGUCGACUUGGAAAUCGACUAUUUUUUUUUAUAUCUGUCAACCUUGGAAAUUUCCCAUUUUGUGUAUCUGUCGACCUUGGCUUGUCUCCUCUUCUCAGUGUGAGGGUUCAUCUCAAGACGUUUUUUGAAAUAUUAAAUGUCAAUCUUUGGAUCCAUUGAAUUCAUAGUUGGGAAAUUAUAAAGUAUUUUUGCUUGGUUAGAACCUGUCUUUAAACAUGAGUGCUAUUUAACUUAGUGAUCGUGAUUUAUCGACAUCUGUAUAAUUUUUUGCAAUUUUGCUGUACAUAAAUCAGUUAUUUAAUAUUUAUUGUUGAAAAUUCAGAUUUUUCUCAAAGUGCAAUGUAUACAUUUUUGAUUUGAUUUGUUUGCUUUUCACGUAAAUUUUGUCACCGAUGUAGUUAGAACCCAUGUCACUGAAAUUGAAGCGAUAUUAGGUGUUUAAUAAUAAUUUCUGUAUCACAAAGCAUGCUGAUCUUGCACUACUUGCAUUUAACCCAUUUGAUUAAUGUCAGAUUGAAGUCUGAAGUUUGAACCUAGUUUAGAUCAGAAGAACUUGAGAUUGGAUCUGUUCACCUUUAAUAUGUUUGAAUUGAAUUUUGAUGCAUUUGAUAUGGCAGGGCUUCUGCCUAUAAUAAAUACUCUACCAAGAUCUCCCUUUCAAAUAUUUAUCUUUCCACAAUAACAUUUAAUGGCGAAUUUAAGCAUAACCUAUCUUGAAAUCAUGCUCAGAAUAACAAGGAGGGUAGUAACUAACAUGUAUGUUAAAAUAUAACGGUUUUAAAUGCCCUAGUCAUAGCAAAGUGUAGAUAAGAGAUAUUCUCUAAGAAUAUGAAUCAAGCAAUAAUUACCCAUGAAAAAAACCCAAUGUGAAAUUAGAUGAAAAUUAGCACAGAAUCUCGUCUGAAUCUUCUUGAAGCUUGUAUAGGAAUUCAUUAAAAAAUUCCUGUCCACUUAUAUAAAUGAGAGAAUUUCAUUUCGCUCCAGUUUUUCUGGCUGCUGUGUGCCUUAGUACAUGUGCCAUGUCUUGUGUUGCUGGUCGGAGUGGGGUGAUGCAUGCAAUGGAAAGCAUUCCUUCAUUGAAUAUUUUUUCAGCUUUCAUGCAAAAAUAUUGCAUCCACCCAUUUUUUCCCCUAAUUCUGUUAUCUUUUAUGAGUUGUCCCCCUUUGUCUACAUUCCUUCCUAAAACAAAGUUCUGUGCGUCAAGUAUCAAGUGUUUUGUGUACAAAAAUUAAACUCGCAUCUGUUGUUCAGUAAGCAAAACAGUAAUUAGUUGAAAUUUCGAAAACAAUUUGAUAAAAUUAUUAAUAAGAUUUUCUUUUGAAAUGAUAUUUUGACACUUGGUUGUGGACCAUAUCUAGUACCAGCACAUGUCUUGGGUUUCAGGACUGGGGAACACUUCUUAGGUUAAUUUAAUUAAUAUAAAUCGAAAAUCGAAAAACAAAUUUGGAAAGAAAAAUGAGCCUGUUUUAAUCUGACACCAUUUGGAACAAAUCUUUUAAUCUGACACUGAGAGAUUGAAUUGUAAAUAUUAAUGGCUGGAAUAUAUUUUUACGUAUUUUUGUAGAAAUACCAAGUAACAUCAAUCGUCAUCUAAAAUAUUUGGUAUAUGUGUAAGCAUCAAUUGUCAUAUUUCGUAGAUAUAAAAUACAUCAUGUACCUAAAAGUGUGUAUCUGUUCAAACCCAGAGUUCUUCCACCACAAA